AUGUCUGGUCACAGUAAAACCGGAGGCAAAGGGUGCACUAAGGCCAAUACUCGCUCCUCCAGAGCCAGCCUCCAGUUCCCUGUCAGCUGCAUCCACCGGCUGCUGCGCAAGGGUCACUCUGCCGAGCGUGUCAGGGUCGGAGCCCCCGUCUACUUGACCGCCAUCCUCCAUUCCCUGAUGGCCGAGAUUCUCGAGCUGGCCGGCAACGCAGCCAGGGACAAGAAGACCCGCAUCAUCCUCCGCCAACUGCAGCUCGCCAUCCACAAUAACAAGGAGCUCAACAAACUGCUGGGAGGAGUCACCAUAGCCCAGGGGUCCUGCCCAACAUCCAGGCUGUGCUGCUGCCCAAGAAAAUUGGGCACCCCAGAAAGGUUUGAAGGGGCGAGGCCAGAAAAAGAUCCCUAA